AUGGAGGACUCCUCGCCAGCUCAAGAAAUGAACCUGUUUCGCGCCCCCGCGGCGGCUAGGGCUGCCAAAACCCUGGACAGGGCCCUCUUUGCACGCACCGUUCCUUCAGCGGCCGUUUCUGUGCGGGAGAACAAGCUGCUGUCAAAAUAUAGAAAGGAGCUGGAGCUCACAAGAGAGCUGUUCAUUCUGCAAAAUUACCAGCAGGUAGCCCCGGACCCAGACCCUGCGUUGGCUGCCAAGGGAAAUAAAUGUCUUGUUCUUAAAACUCAUAUCAAACCGCAAGAACCUUCAACCUGGAGCCCAGAGCUGCAGGCAGCUUCCAAAAUAGGCGACCUCAAGGUUGUGCCAUAUGAUAUUAACAUCGACUACAGCUUAUGGAGCUACGUUGAUGUCAUGAGAAGCAUCCUCCCUGAGGAGCUACAAGGUGAAAUUCCCUCUGGCUUUAACACAGCUGGACACGUUGCUCAUCUCAACCUUCGGGAUCAAUAUCUACCCUACAAACACAUCAUUGCCCAAGUCAUCAUAGACAAAAACCCUGGCAUCAAGACGGUCAUCAACAAGAUUGACAAUGUUGGCACCGAGAGCGAGUUCCGAACCUUUGCGUACGAGGUGCUCGCGGGCCCCGACGACCUCGAAGUCGAGGUCAGCGAGGCCGGCUGCCACUUCAAGUUUGACUACGCCAAGGUGUACUGGAACAGCAAGCUCGGCACGGAACACCAGCGUAUCACGGCGCUCUUCCAGCCCGGCGAGGUCGUCGCCGACGUUAUGGCCGGCAUCGGGCCCUUUGCCGUGCCCGCCGGUAAGAAGGGCGUCUUUGUCUGGGCCAACGACAAGAAUCCCGCGAGCUACCGGUACCUGACGGACAUAAUUCAGCGCAACAAGGUCGGCGAGUUUGUCCGGCCCUUCAACGCCGACGGCCACGGAUUCAUCCGGCAGGCGUGCGACGAAGUCCUCGCCGCCUCGCGCCGCGGCGACGCAGCCGUCCUCCCAGCCCCUAAGGUGUCGCGCUCCGCGCCGGCCGGCACCCCGCGGCCGGCGACCCCGCGCGUGCCUGUGCCGCCGACGAUAUCGCACUUUGUCAUGAAUCUGCCGGCGUCGGCGAUUGAGUUUCUGCACAACUUUCGCGGCAUCUACCAGGGCCAGGAGGCGCUGUUUGCGCCGCACACGGCGACGCGGCUGCCGCUGGUGCACACGCACUGCUUCGCCGUCAAGGCCGACGACGCCACGCCGCUCGACGAUAUUUGCGACCGCAUCGAAAAGGAAAUUGGCGUUCGUCUAGUGCCGGGCGAUGCCGAGGUCGACGGUCAGGUCUCGAUCCACGAGGUGCGCGACGUGGCACCGGCGAAGCGGAUGUUUUGCGCCAGCUUCCGCGUCCCGCCAUCGGUUGCCUUUGCCCCUCGCUCUUGA